CUUUACCCCAAAGUCCGAUGCACCCUUUAGGAGGAAGGGCAGUGUUUACAGGGAGAACAGAGUGGAUGGUGCCUACAUGAACAACUCUCCCCAGAUGCUCCACCACUCCUAAGCUCUCAUUAUCCUACAUGCAUAUUCAUAAGGGAUGGCCUCAGCCCUGCUCUGUAAAUGGGUCAGAAGCAGGAAGUAAGCCCAGUGCAAACAGCAAGGCCCAGGGGACAGGAAACCCAGAGCACAUCUGAGUUCUCAUGGAUGGGAGGAUGAUGAGAAGCAUGAGGCUGAGAGAGAAUGAGUUGCUGGGACCAAGCCACAGGGCAUCCUGCCUCUGCGGCUCGGCCCCCUGCCUCCUAUGCGGCUGCUGCCCCGCCAGCCGCAACUCCACCGUGAGCCGCCUCAUCUUCACGACCUUCCUCUUUCUGGGGGUGCUAGUGUCCAUCAUCAUGCUGAGCCCUGGCGUGGAGAGUCAGCUGCACAAGCUGCCCUGGGUGUGUGAGGAGGGAGCCGGGACCUCCGUGGUCCUGCAGGGCCACAUCGACUGCGGCUCCCUGCUGGGCUACCGCGCUGUCUACCGCAUGUGCUUUGCCAUGGCGGCCUUCUUCUUCCUGUUCACCCUGCUCAUGAGCUGCGUACGCAGCAGCCGGGACCCCCGGGCUGCCAUCCAGAAUGGGUUUUGGUUCUUUAAGUUCCUGAUCCUCGUGGGCAUCACCGUGGGCGCCUUCUACAUCCCUGACGGCUCCUUCUCCAACAUCUGGUUCUACUUUGGCGUCGCGGGCUCCUUCCUCUUCAUCCUCAUCCAGCUGGUCCUGCUCAUCGACUUCGCGCACUCCUGGAACCAGCAGUGGCUGGGCAGGGCGGAGGAGUGCGACUCCCGCGCCUGGUACGGAGGCCUCUUCUUCUUCACCCUGCUGUUCUACUCCUUGUCGAUCGCUGCCGUGGCGCUGUUGUUCAUCUACUACACCGAGCCCAGCGCCUGCCACGAGGGUAAGGUCGUCAUCAGCCUCAACCUCACCCUCUGCGUCUGCGUGUCCAUUGCCGCUGUCCUGCCCAAGAUCCAGGAGGCCCAGCCCAACUCAGGUCUGCUGCAGGCCUCGGUCAUCACACUCUACACCAUGUUUGUCACCUGGUCGGCCCUGUCCAGUGUCCCCGACCAGAAAUGCAACCCACACCUGCUGACCCAUCUUGGCAAUGAGACGGUCCUGGCAGGCCCAGAGGGCUAUGAGACCCAGUGGUGGGAUGCCCCAAGCAUCGUGGGCCUCAUCAUUUUCAUCCUGUGUACCCUUUUCAUCAGUCUACGCUCCUCGGACCACCGGCAGGUGAACAGCCUGAUGCAGACCGAGGAGUGCCCGCCCAUACUGGAGGCCACGCAGCAGCAGCAGGCCUGCGCAGGCCGGGCCUUUGACAACGAGCAGGACGGUGUCACCUAUAGCUACUCCUUCUUCCACUUCUGCCUGGUGCUGGCCUCCUUGCACAUCAUGAUGACUCUCACCAACUGGUACAGACCCGGCGAGACCUGGAAGAUGAUCAGCACAUGGACUGCCGUGUGGGUGAAGAUCUGUGCCAGCUGGGCAGGGCUGCUCCUCUAUCUGUGGACCCUGGUGGCCCCUCUCCUCCUGCCCAACCGUGACUUCAGUUGAGGAAGCCCCAGAGCCUGCCCUCCUACUGCCUUCUGGUGCCUCUGCCAUCUGGUGCCUCAGUGACAGCCAGCCCAAGCCCUUCCUGCCAAUCAGCCAGGCUGAGUCCCACCCCUGCCCUGCUCCAAGCCCUCCCCUGAGCC